AUGGCCUAUUUUGCCAUUUCACACCGCCCCAAAAUCACCAGCCUAUCAAAGAAGCUUAUCGAUUUGCUCCAACAUUCAACUUCGCAUUUCACAGUGACAUUCGACACACGCGACGCGCCUAUUUACCAGACUUUUGCAUAUACCAGAUUGAGUAUCCGGAGUAUCCGCAGGGUUAACCACGACCAGGGGUUACCACGAUGCAUUGAUUUCCAGAAGUCGAAGAGCAACUUCCUGCAGAAUAGACACAAACUAAUGCGAUCUUCUAUCAUAGGCGAUUAUUGCGAUGUCUACCUAACGCAUGACUCGAUGAGCGUGCGCAAGGCUCACAAUGCCGGUCGAAACCACCUUCGUAAUGUGGUUGAAUAUUAUCAGCAAAUCGGCCAUGAAAAAGCACAAUCAGUAAUCGACUCCAUCACGAAUUCAUACGCUGCCGAAGGACAAGCGAACCCCCUGUUACUUCAGCAACACCCUCACCCUGGAGCUCCGGGGUCAUUUCCGCCGCCGCCGUCAUCGUUUGGAUUGCCCGGACGACCUGGUCAGAUACCACCCCCAUUCGGUAUUCCGCCUCCUGGCACACCGGGGGGGUUACCUUUGCCCGGAGGCCGCGGCAUGCCCCCAUUCCAACCCCCAUUCCCCAUCCCUGGCGCAGCACCAAAUUCGCAAUCAUCCGCUACACCACCAUCCCUACCAGCCGGCAUGACUCUUCCACCGGGAGGGCUACCUUUCCCACCUCCCGGCGGUCUACCAGCAAAUUUUCCCCCGCCACCUGGCUUCCCAGGCGCGCCUGCUGCUGGAGGUGGUACCCCUGGCGCUGCUGGUUCAAGCAUAUCGCCUCCGCCUGGAGGUAUGGCUCAAUUCGCUCCUCCUCCUGUCCAUUCUCUUCCCGGUGCGCCUGGGUCGUCAUAUCCUCCACCGGGUUUUGGGGACAAGCGAUGA